ACCGUCAAACCGUCAGGUCAAACCGCCAAAUCCUCGCCCGCCAACCGCCCUUCUCCCGUCCUGCAGAGGAGAAGCCUGCUGUCCUGUCUGAAUUGUCUCUUGUGAAUGCGUUGGUAGUGCUGCUCGACGAUGGAGUGAUCUUCUCGCCUGCUCAGCCCGUCUUUUCUCCUGCUCCCUGCUGCACACGACCUACUCGAUAACCACCCUGUAAGCGUUCCCUUCCCCAGCCAUUGAAGGCCAUUGAAAGCCAUUGAAGGCCAGAAACCACCGCUAACAGUCACUCCCAGAACGGUACGGAUACUACGAAGCUCGCUCGUCUCGCCAUGCUGUCUUCUCAGACUCAGAACACCGGCAUGAUCGUCAACGGUGCCCCCAAGUCUCGCGCAGAGGAGCUCAUGGCCCAACAUGCCCAGGAGGCUGCUCAGGGGCCCACGGUAGAGGAUGUCGUCGACGAAGAGGACAUCCUCCACCCGCCUCCCUCUGCCACCGCUGCUCCUGCUAAACCUGCUGCUGCUCCUGCUGCUGCUGCUGCCCUCGACGUCCAAUCUGAAGAGUCCUUCCCGGCUCUCGGCGGUCCCAAGGCCUCCUCUCGUCCCUCCGCCGUCCCUGUGGCUUGGGGAGGCAGCAAACCACAACCUUCUCCUGCUAAUACUGCUGCUAGCGCCACUUCUACUACUCUCACUCCAGCUUCUGCUCCUUCUCCUGCACCUGCACCGGCUCCGGCCUCGUCCACACCAAGACAGCUCACCAUUCCAGGCAAACAUGUGGACCAGUUCCGCUUCGAUUCAUCCCAGAUGCUGCCUCGCUCGGAGCUCAAAAAGCCUGUGUCUGAUAUCCUGAGAGAUAUCAGCAAAAAGUCCAAGGUCAGACUCGAGGUCAGGGAGGGUGCUGGUGGUGUCUACAUCUUCGAGGGCACAGGCAACGUUGAUGCCGUCAGGCAGGCCUUAAAGGAGGUUGCCCAGCAGGUUGGCAGCACGAAAUCCGUCAAGGUCCCGGUGCCGGCUUCGGCCAGACCACACAUCAUUGGCCGUCAAGGAGCCGUCAUCCAAGGCAUCCUCGACCGCACCGGAGCCCGCAUCGAUGUCCCCAAGCCAGACGAGUCCAAACCGCUUGACGACGAUGACGAGGACAACACAAUUGAAAUCACCAUUGAAGGUGACGCCCUCGCUGCAGAGAUGGCCCGCCGAGAGAUCGAGGCCCGUGUCAAGGAACGCACCUCCAACAUCAGCCUCCGUCUCAAGACCGUGGCCCCGGAACUCUUCCCCUUUAUUGCCGGUCCGCACAACCAGUCCAUCAACAGGCUGGAGGAGCUCACCAAGACCCAGAUCCGUGUGCCAAAAUACCACACCUGGGGCCACCGUCCCCCUCCACAGGAGCCCGCCUCGACCUCGGGACCGGUUCUCUACACUCCCGACCCAGACCAGCACAUCAUCAUCGUCGGUGAACGACAGGCAGCCCAGGAAGCCCGCGCCCAGAUCGAGCGCAGAGCCCAACUGCUACAGAACCGUAUCACCCUCCGUCAGCUCGCUAUCAACCGUGGACAGCACCAAUUCAUCGUCGGUGACAAGGGUGACUCCCUACACGACUUUUUGGCCUCCACCGGAUGUGCCAUCGUCCUGCCCCCGCCAUCAGACGAUACCGAGUUCCUCACCAUCACAGGCCCUGCAGAGAGCAUCGAGGCUGGUGUCAACCGCGCCAUGGACCUGGCUACCAGCAUGCAGAUGGCCAAUAUCGAUGUCUCGCGCCAGCACCCCAAUGCCCCCUGUGGACCGGAUGUCCAUGCCCGCGCUCUAACGGCCUAUCUCCAGCACCGACGGGUCAUUGAGCAUCUCGAAAAGACGCAUGAUUCCCACAUCGUCCUGCCUCUCGAAACGGCUAGCUCCUCCAACGCUCCAAUCACCUGGGAGGUCUACUCGCGGAACGGCAAAAAUACGAUUCUGGCCCGGUCCGAUAUCAUGAACCUGAUCCAGGCUCUGCCCCCGUCAAAGCUGGCCACCGUGCCCGUCGAUCCCUACCUGCACGGAUACCUCCGCUCGCGUGGCCUACCCCAGCUCAAAGAACAGUUUGGCGUGCACCUGGUCGUUCCAGAAACUGUCGGUCCACCAGCAUCCGAUAGGCCGGUCAACCUUGUUCUCGCCUACGAAGGCCCAGAAGAAGUCACCGCCCAGAGCCCCUGUCUCAAAUGCCGCCCUUCAAGCGAGGACGCCGCCGUUUUCCAGAAGGCCCUGCGUGAAGCGACGGAGUAUUUGCACAAGGUCCUAGGUGACCCCAAGGACGUCUCUUCCCAGUCUGUCCCCAUCCCGCCCAAAUACCAUGACAGACUGCGCCGUUUCGUCGCCCAGGACCAAGCCAGCUACGGCGAGACGCAUAUACCCGUCAGUCUCGCCUUUGCUGCCGACAACGCCAGCAACGCCUCCAUCCGUGGCCGUUCCGCUGACGUAGCUAACCUGGUAGCUAAGCUAGCCACCUUCGUAGCUGACCAGGAACGCGAUGACCGUGAACGCAACCAUGUAACUACAUUCGACUUCCCCCAGAAAUACGCAAACUUCCUCAUCGGCAAAAGAGGCGAAAACAUCAACAAGCUGCGUGAGGAAUUCGACGUAGAUAUCAAAGUCGAAAACGGCAAGGUAGACAUCAAGGGACCACCCGCUAAGGCCGCAGCUGCAAAGACUCGUAUUCUCGCCCUGGCAAAGAAACUCGAAGACGAAGCUACGUACGUCCUUAAGAUUGCACCGCAGUAUCAUCGUGACCUUAUCGGCCAGAAGGGAAGCCAGGUCAACCGUCUCCAGGAACGCUAUAAUGUUCGUGUUCAGUUCCCUCGUGCCAACAACAAUGUUCCAGAUGACGUUUCCAUAGCCGAUACAAGCGAAGCUGCUGGCCCUACCAAUGGCAACAGCAACGCUCGUUCCCGUGCCCCCCAAGCAGCCGAUGAAGUCAUUAUCCGCGGGCCCAAGAAGGGCGCCGACAGCACCCGUGAUGAAAUCCUCUCGCUCUAUCAAUGGCUCGUAGACCACUCCCAUUCAGCGGUUGUCUCGGUUGCUCGCGACCAGAUACCGUCUCUCAUUGGCCAGCGGGGACGAGAAAUGGAUAAAUUCCGUGCUGAAACGGGUGCACAGAUUGACAUUCCUGGACCCGAGACCGGAGAAGGCGAGGCCGGAGCUAGAGUUGAGAUUCGUCUCAAGGGGACGAAGAAGCAGGUUGAUGAUGCGAAGAAACUGCUUCUUGCUAGGGCUAGGGACUUUGAUGAGACCAUUACUCGUACCAUUGAGGUUGAUAAGAAGUAUCAUAAGGCUCUCAUUGGUGCUGGUGGUACGUACCCUUAUACCCUCCCCCUCUCUUGACUCGCAAACUAUGAUUGAAAUACUAUUUGCUAACAAAAAUUACUAAUGCUAGGUGCUCACAUACGUAAACUAAUUGUGGAAUGCGGCGGGCCAGACGACAGCACUGCAUCCCGCGUGGUCAAGUUCCCCCGAGCUGAUAGUGAUGAAACUACCAUCAAACUCGAAGGCAAGGAGGCAGUAGUCACCAGCCUGAUCAAUGCAAUUGAAGAGUUCGUCCGCCAGAAGGAGGACCAAGUGACCAUCUCCAUUGAAGUCCCUCAAUCCCAACAUCGUCAUCUCAUCGGCCGAGGAGGCGAAACCCGCCGCCAACUCGAAUCCCAAUUCAACGUGAUUCUGGACGUACCCAAACAGGGCUCGAACCGGACCGAUGUGAAGAUCAAGGGUCCCUCCGCCGCCGUUGAACAAGCUAAAACACACAUCGAAACCAUGCUCAGGGACCAGCAAGGUGAAACCGUUGAAGUCCCAACACACUUGCACCAUGUGAUAUCCGACAACGGCGCGUUUUUCCGCCAACUGCGGAACAACCAUCAGGUCACCGUUGACCAUGCAGGACACAGAGUGCCUGCCAAACCUUCGCCUGCAGCCGUUGAGUCGCGCUCAGACUCAACUUCUCUCCCACUCAUCACUGACGCAGACGACUCCACCCCCGACACAUUCUCCUGGAAAAUCGUCGAGCCAGUCAGUCUACCUUCUGACUCAGCUUCAACCACAAUCCCCUGGGUUCUCUCCGGUUCGCCCGAGAACGUAACCAAGGCUAAGGCGCUGCUUACCGCCGCUAUAGCCUCGGCCUCCCAGCCGUGCUGUACAGGGUACUUGAUCCUGCCCGACCCCAAGACCUACCGCUUCGUCGUGGGUACGGGCGGUUCUCAAAUCAACGCCAUCCGCUCCAAGACCGGAUGCAGGAUCAACGUCCCCAAGGGCCAGGCUGGCGGCGAAGCGAUUGAAGUCAAGGGCUCGAGAGACAACGUCGAGCUCGCGCGGGAGAUGAUUCUUGAUGCUGUCAAGGCCGGACUUGCGGGCCCGGGAUCGAGGAGAUAGAUAUUAGCGCUCUUUCGAACGUUGGGCUCCGUUUGGUUAAGCAUUUAUCUAAAGCAUUCAUGUGUUCAAUUCUUCUAUCUAUCUAUAUAUAUAUUGCCAAAGUUGAUUUGGAAUUUGACUCAUAGUCUAGCUGGUUGGGCAAAAGGAGUGAAGAACAACAGAUUGAUUGACUGAUAACGGAUAAAACAAGAGAUAGCACAAAAAAAAACAAGCAAAGAGCUAGAAAUUAUACCUAACUAUUCUAUUUCAUUUUUCAUUCAUCUUUAUCAUCUCCUUUCAAUCUCUGUAUAAUAAAAUAAUAUGGUAUGUGAUGUUGAUUGGUUGAAUGGGCAGGCACAAAUUGAAAUAUAUAUUCUUAGCCAAUAGAAAUGCCUAAUUAAUAGCUAAGACGUAAUCUAAUAGGAAGUAGUGAAUAUUUCUUUUUCUCUACAGCGAGCGGAGAGCGCAACCUGGCUUGUGUUCAAUAAUCGUCUCUACAGCAAGCCAGCAGCACGUGACCGUCAACCGAUCAAAAAUCCCAAAGAGGAAAAAAACGACUUCAACUUCGACUUUGAUCGAGUUUCAACGUGAUUAUCGAAAUAAUAACUUGCACAGAUGGCCAUGCGCGGGUGUAGAUGACGUACUUGGUGAGGUUUUGCCGUCAAUUACUGCUCGUUCCAUGGUUCUCUACACUAUAUCGCCACGCUAGUCACUAGCAGUUAACUAUAACUAACUACCUGCUGGCCGUUAGUUAGUUAUCCCGCACUGUCGCAACAGCAUCGCCGACUCGGCCCAGCGACGACACCAAAAGACACGACAGAGUGCGACAUC